UGUUCAAGUACCUCAAUGAGGAUCUUGAGGAAUCAUCCUCAAACGAGUCUACUGAUUAAUAGGUCGGGCUUCCCUUCAAGCAUGCUACUGGCGCCAAGUUCCGCAUAUUUUGGUCUUCGGCAGAGGUAGCUCGGAGGAUUGGUGGAGAUCACCGAAUAAGCACCGAAAUAACUGCGAAACGUACUCCAGCACUGCCUGGGUUGGGAAACUAGAGCCGACCGAACUACCAACCUCGGUGUCAAAGCGAAUUCCUUUCAAUGCUCGUGGUCUACCUACUAUCCUUACGCUUGCUAGAUCUUGUGUUCUCCAAUCCGUUGAUACUCCAGUAAACGAUUUCAAUCCCGACAAUGGUCAAAGUAGCAGUUGCCGGUGGGACCGGAAAUGUAGCCACCGAGCUUCUACGAGAGCCCAUUGCCUCCGGCAAGCAUGACAUCACCAUCUUGACCCGCAAAGAUCCUCCUACCGGGAACCCAAUCGGAGGUGUAUCGUACAAGAAGGUUGAUUAUUCUUCGGUUGAGAGCCUGACUGAAGAGCUUCGCGGUUACGAUGUUUGCCUGAGUUUCCUCAUCAUCAUGGACGAGGCGGGGUUCCAGGCACAGAAAAAUCUAAUUGAUGCGUGUGUUGCUGCCGGUGUGAAGAAGUUUGCGCCAACAGAAUGGGGGAUCAAAACCAACUCGGGCAUCCGCGCCUACGCUCCCAAAGACCGCACAGCCGCUUAUCUCUCCUCCCUCAACACGCCCACCCCAAAACUAAACUACUGCCUCUUCCACCCCUCCAUCUGGAUGGACUACUUCGCCCACCCCUACCCCCUCUCCCCCAAUCUCAUCACCUGGCCUUUCUUCAUCGACCCCCACACCCGCCACGCCAUCCUCUUCGACGACGAAGCCCACAACACGGCGCCCCUCGUCGUGACCGCCAUCUCCGACGUCUCUUACAUCCUCGCCCUCGCCCUCGACGACGCCUCCCCCUGGCCAUCCGAAGGCGGCAUCCGCGGCGCCCGCACCAGCAUCGCCGAACUCUUCGCUUUAGCGCAGCGCAUCCGCGGCGGCGAGUGGCACGUCGAGCGCGUGAAGCUGGCGGAUCUCGAGGCGGGGAACUUGACGACGAGGUGGAUUCCCGAGUUUACGCAUCCGGCGAUCCCCGAGGCGCUGAGGGAGGGGUUUUCGAGGGAGUUUGUUGUCGAGUUUAUGAAGGCUGUGGUUAGGGGCGCUUGGGAUGUGGGGGAUGAGUGGAAUAGAAGGUUUCCUGGUUAUAGGUUUAAGGGGUUGGAGGAGUAUUUGGUGGAGGCUUGGAGGGGGAGGGAGUAGGGUUUGAAAGAGAAGAAGGAUGAUGGAGAGUAAUGCUGGAAUUGGUGAAGCAUUUACGAGAAAAGAAGUAUAUACAGGUUUUCCAAUGUCGUCUUAUGAACAGCUGACCUUCUGCCUUGU